UUCCACUUCUGCCAUCUACUAACAUAAACAGCUAGCAAGCUGACUGAACAGUGGAGAUCAGCUCACCUGCAGAGACACAAAGCACUCUGUCUACCUGGGGGAAUGGCUGAGCUUCCAGAUGCAGGUCCCACCAAAGGGGGACCAACUACACCAGCUACAGAUGUGUACCCUAGAAAAAUACUGGAGUACAUGGAAGGAUUUCUUAUCUCCAAGACGGUGUUCACAUCCUGCGAACUGGGUGUGUUUGAUGUGUUGUUGGCUGCAGAGCGUCAGCUGUCAGCAGAGGAGAUCAGUCAGGCGGUGGGAGCCAGUCUGGACGGGACGCAGCGGCUGCUUGCUGCCUGCACAGGCCUGCAGCUCCUCAACACACACUGGGACAACGGGCAAGUUUUUUAUAGUAACACAGAACAGUCCAGAGUCUUCCUCACACGUUCCAGCCCUUUGUCCCUCUGCCAGUCCAUCCAGUACAGCUCCAGGACCAUCUACCUCUGCUGGCAUUAUCUCACAGAUGCCGUUAGAGAGGGGAGAAAUCAGUAUGAAAAGGCUUUUGGAGUCAGCUCAAAGGACCUGUUUCAAGCUCUGUACAGGUCUGAUGAGGAAAUGGUGAAAUUCAUGCACUUGAUGAACUCCAUCUGGAACAUCUGCGGCAGAGACGUGGUCACGGCCUUUGAUCUUACGCCUUUUAAGUUCAUCUGUGACCUGGGAGGCUGCAGUGGAGCAUUAGCCAAGCAGUGCACGUUGGCCUACCCAGAAUGCACUGUGACAAUCUUUGACCUCCCCAAGGUAGUGCGUGUGUCAGGGGAACACUUUGUCACCGAGGCUGACCAGAGGAUCAGCUUCCAUGAGGGUGAUUUCUUCAAGGACUCUCUGCCAGUCGCAGAUCUCUACAUUCUUGCCAGAAUCCUCCAUGACUGGACAGAUGAGUGCUGCAUAGAGCUCCUCUGCAGAAUCUAUAAGGCCUGUAAACCAGGAGGUGCCGUGCUGCUGGUGGAGGCGCUGCUAAAUGAAGACGGGUCUGGUCCACUGACAGCACAGCUCUACUCCCUGAACAUGCUGGUGCAGACGGAGGGCAGAGAGAGGACAGGUGCUCAGUAUGCUGCCCUGCUGGCUGCCAGCGGCUUCACCAACAUCCAGCACCGCCUCACUGGAAAAAUCUAUGAUGCCAUUCUGGGUCACAAAGAGACAUGAGAGAUACUGUAAAGAAAAAUUAUGCUACCAUGUGUGUAGUAAAAUAAAGCCCCAGUGGGUAGGAAAAAAAGAAUCUAUAUUUGUUUUUAAAAUGCAUACAGUUUCUCUUGAGAUGAGCUGUUGUCUUUGUCCUGGCUGAGAUGAGCAGUUGUUUCUAAAAUGGUUCAAAAUUACUAUGUAAAUGUAAAGAAUCUAAGCUGUUUGUAAGCAUACAAAUGUAAGCAUAUAUAUAAAAUGCUGUUUUUAGUUGUUUCAAAGAAAAUGUAUUCAUGUAAAUGGUAUCACCAGAGUAAAACAGAGAAAAAGGUGACAUUUAAAAUAUAAUAAGCUCCAAUCUUGUUUGCUGUAAAUGAGGUGGAUAACAUACAGCUUCGUCACUUUUCACGCUAUUGCAAACUGCCUAUCUUCCAUAAAGUGUGGUCUAAUUAUUUACAAUUUACAACUGUGGUUUACCAGUACUAUAGUUGUGCAACACACAUCUUAACACAACUGAAAAGAAACUGCA